CUUUUUAACUUACUACACUAGCAUUACAUUUACUAAUAGUAUAAUAGUAUAAAUACUGAUCAUAUUGUUAUAAACUCUCUCACCAAUUCUCACUCUCAUCGUUUUCUUUUUUUGGUAGUAGAUUUCAUUUCAUUCAUAUAUAUUGAAGUUACUUGGCAUACACAAAAGUUUCAACUUAAACAUGGGAGGCAAUCCGACCAAACUUGAUAGCUACCACGGAGGUAGUGCAAGUGGUUAUGGGUCUCAUUCUUACGCUGAAAGUUGUGUCAAUUCUGAAAGGAGGAGGACACAUUCAAGGUAUACAAGAAUUGGUGAUGACUACAGUUCUCUUGACCAGGUGACAGAAGCUCUUACCCAAGCUGGUUUAGAAUCUUCUAAUCUCAUUGUGGGUAUCGAUUUCACAAAAAGCAAUGAGUGGACAGGUGCACGGUCUUUCGACCGUAAGAGCCUACAUCACCUUGGAGAUUCUCCAAAUCCCUAUGAACAAGCAAUAUCGAUCAUUGGAAGGACAAUUGCUGCUUUUGAUGAGGAUAACCUUAUUCCUUGUUAUGGCUUUGGAGACGCAACUACACAUGAUCAAGAAGUUUUCAGCUUUUAUCCAGAUGAUAAGCCAUGCAAUGGCUUUGAGGAGGCACUCUCUCGUUAUAGAGAAUUGGUUCCACAAAUUUGUUUAUCUGGACCGACAUCCUUUGCUCCAAUGAUUGAAACUGCUACUACAAUUGUUGAUGCUAGCGGUGGUCAAUAUCAUGUUCUUCUGAUCAUUGCCGAUGGACAGGUCACACAAAGUGCUGGCACUAAAAUUGGCAAGUUAAGUUCGCAAGAGCAAAAUACAAUUAAUGCCAUCGCCAAAGCAAGUGAAUUCCCAUUGUCGAUAGUUUUGGUUGGUGUUGGUGAUGGACCGUGGGACAUGAUGCAGCAGUUUGAUGACAACAUUCCUUGUAGGACUUUUGACAAUUUUCAGUUUGUGAACUUUACCGAGAUUAUGUCAAGAAACACCCCAAUAUCCAAGAAAGAGGCAGCAUUUGCCCUGGCGGCAUUAAUGGAAAUACCAUCACAGUACAAAGCAACAAUAGAUCUUCAUCUUUUGGGAUGCCAGAAAGGAAUUCCUGGAAGAAUUAGGCUCCCUCCUCCAAUCAGGAACUACAAAUCAACCAAGAAUACUAAAGUUUGUCAUACAACUUCUUCUGCUCCUACAGAAAGUAACCCACAAAAUAAGAUUUGUCCUGCAUGUUUAUGGAAUAACAAAGAUCUUGCCUUUGGAUGUGGACAUAAGUAAAUCUUUGGCAGAUGUGCAAUGAUUGUGGGAAGAACCUCAACUUAUGCCCGAUUUGUCAGACCCGUAUAACCACUAGGAUAAGGCUUUAUUAGUGACAAUCUGAGGUCCAGCAGAGCAGCCUAUCUACAACGGUGGGCUUGACAGAAUGAAGUUUUGUUGGUGCAAUGGUCCUUAUCCUAUUAUAAACACUCUCAAUUAGUUCUUGGAGUUCUUUUAGGUACAAUCUUUUGUGUAUAAUGAGUGUUUAAUCAGAAGACAAGAUUUUGGUUUCUUCUGGUUUGAUUUGAUUUGUUUUUUAUCAGGAAAAUCUGAUGUUGUUUUUGUUAGUAAUGUUUAAAGGUAAACGGUUAUUGUCUUCCAUUCCUAUGGUAUGCAAAUUGUUGGAUUUAUUUUUCUUUUUUA